AACCUGUUAACAUCUCGGACAAGGAGGCGUGUUCUAGUUUCCCUUCAGGAGAACUCUAAGCAGGAGGAGGACUCGGAGAUGAAGAUUCUCAGGAAGAAGGCAAUAGAGGAGAUUAUUAACAGUGAGAAGUCAUACCUUCGACACCUGGAGAUGGUCGAGGAGUACUUUAUGACCCCGAUUCAGGAAUCAGCUUUUCUACCACAGAAUGUGUUUUCUGCAGUUUUUGGAGAUAUUUUGGGAAUACGAAUGGAAUGUCAGAUUCGCAAAAACUCCCUCCUCAUCACCCCGGUUCAGCGGAUUCCACGCUACAAACUUCUUCUUGAUGACGUCAUCAAGAACACGCCGCGCUUCCAUCCUGACCGGAACAACCUUGAGGAGGCGAGGACACAGAUCGACGCGAUCGCCUGGUACAUUAACGAUCAGAUCAAGGAGCAUGAGAAUAAUCAGCUCAUGAUCAGUAUACAGAAGAGUCUACAAGGUGGAUUACCGAAAAUAAUAAAACCAGGAAGAAAACUUAUUCGCCACGGUAACCUCAUGAAGGUCAGCAAAAGCGGAGGCCACGCCCAGCCUCGCUACUUUGUCCUCUUUUCUGACAUGUUAAUGUACUGCAAGUUUCGAGGAAACCCCCUGGCUGGAGGAGUCCUAGAACUCCCUAAGCAUGAUGCUCUGGAGGUAUGCUGUGUACUCCCUCUGAAACAUACAGUAGUAGAGCAUGUUGUAGGAAAAGGAGUGUUUACAGUUCAAUGCCAGAAAGAGAGCCUGGUGCUCUACACAACUAAUGCCGAGGACACACACUGGGUGGAAGACAUCAGGAAAUCGGUGAAGCAGUUGAAGAAGAACAGCGCUACCUUAAAGAGAGAGAGCUCAAAGUUUGAACCGAUGAGAAAACCGGACAUUUUGAAACUUCGAAGAGAGAGUUUGAGCAAGAUAAUGCUCAUGAGAAAGACGGAAGAGUCCAAGAGGGAGGAGUUAAAAACAAGUACAAGCACACGAAGUCCUCUUCUUAUGUUGACUCCCCGCAAGAGGAAACCAGAUUACCGACUUGAAAGUCCGACUAAAAUGAAUAAAAUCAUUGAAUCACCAAGCGUUUCUUCAUCAAGAACCCCGAAGCUAGGACCGUCUCCGGCGACCAGACGAACUCCACCAAGGAAGGCAAAGGAUAUGUUUACGUCUACUCCCGUUAGAACCGUGGAAUCCAUGAAAACCGCAAGUCCGGGAAGGACACCGACAAGAACCGCUGCUCCGCGAAGAUCUCCGGUAAAGAAAGUUGCCUUUCCUGUCGUCUUAGAACCGGAAAAGGAAAAAUCCCCGGAAGUUGAAUUGAGAAAUAAAGCUAAAACUUCGUUUAAAAAGCAGCCAAGAAACUCUUUAAGAUCCUUGAGUUUGAACCGCACCACUAAGCUGAAGAGAGAAGAGGCCAAAUCUAAAACUAUAUUCCGCUCUCCUUCUAUCUACGAUGAACCAAAACCUAUUAAGGACGAGGAGGACGCGAUGAGCUCCUAUCUGAGUGGACGAAUUGUACCUUUAACUCCCUCAACCCGACCAACCAAUGUUGAACAUCUUGUUAAAAAACAAAAUGAAACACAGGUGAAUCAUCCUGUUGCUAUUCCUGAUAGCAAGGGCUACUGCACUAUUUCAUAACAGUUAACAAACAUUUAAAGGAUUUUUUGCCUUAGAAUUCACAAAAUCAUAAAAACAAUGCAGUACGCUCAAUUUUACAACGCGUCAAAGAAACUGAUUACUUGCUACAAACUCUUAUCCCUAAUCUCUAAUCCCUGAAUUGGUCCAACUACAAUCGGACCGCAAAGAUAUGUGAAUAGAAAAAUUCGAGUAUAAGAUUAGUAUAAGAUUAGAGUAUAAGAUAGUGAGUCUGACCCGAAAUCGUACAUUGAAGAUUUCGUCUUCUUUUAUAAACACAUUUGUUUUGAGACAUUUUUAGUAUGAAUUAUUUGAUGCUUGACAGUUAUUUGUUUAUUUAUUAUGAGAAAAUAUUGGAAAACAUAUUUAUUAACAUUUUUAAAAUCCCCAUAUUUACUUUUUAUAUCUUCUUGUGUAUUUUCUUUUUAUUAUUGAAUUUUUUUUAUUGAAUUUGAUUAUGUUAGGGUAACAGCUUAGGAUCUAUUUAGUUUUAAGGGCCAGGUUCUGGACAUUUCUUCAAGAUUUACUUUUUAAUUAAAUUUAAAAAAAAUUACAAUUCUUAGAGAUCAUUAAGUUUUUAAUAAUCUCUUAUUAUUUAGCAAUUGAGAUUUGUGUUUUGAUAGCAAAAAUGUUACGAAUCCAGAUCCAGGAGAUCAAAAUAUGUGGAUCCAACGAAUCUGGAUCCUAAGCACUGGUGACAAUCAAUUAUGUCCUUAUGACGGGGUCUUUUUAUGUAGAGUAACAUUUUUCAUGAAAUUUUUGCUUGAUCUUGUUAAACAAUGUUACAGUCGUUUUAUAUUUUCCUAUGGUGUAAACUUUUAGUUUAAAAUGUAAACCAUCUAAAUCUAGUUUGGCGUAUAUUUUACUACUAUUAUAGUAAUAUACAUUAUGUAUUUAAGUAAAAAAGUUUUUUUCUUCUGUGUUUACAAGAUAUAAUAAUCAAUUUUUUACUCUUAA